CAGUGCAGGUACGUCACACACACCAGCAGACGAUACGUGUGUAUGUGGUGUAUUGAUCCGAACAGACCGGGUAUCUAUGCAGUGCUACGACAAGGAAAUAGUGUACGUGUACAUAUACCAAAUACUUUUACGGUUAUCAGCUGUUAACAAAACACAAGGAAGAUAGACUCAGUGGCGUAAUACUGGUAAUCUAUAGGUUACAAUUAUAGUACUUCCUUGUUGGUAUCAAAUAUAUGACUGGACGCCACAUCUAGAUAGAUAUAGCGGGUGCUUGAUUUGUCACAUGACGGUGGCGUAUAUAUAUUUGUGUGGACAUACCUGGAUGUACACGUUUACCGAUGUAAGCAGGAUCCGUCGGACUGGGGAAAGGACCUGAUGGCUGAAUUCUCACUUGCCAGUGUUUUAAACUCACUGGUCUACCCCACCACUGUUCGGAUUGCUAGCGGUGGCCUCACUGCUACGGAGGGUAAGCACUUCCGGCCCGAUGACGUUUUAAUACUAUAUGGAAGUGGACUCCGAGUUUAUGUUCCACCGUCCGCUAAUGCUGCAUUGAGGGAAAGGUGCAGGACUGCGGACACCACAAAAAGAACGAGACGGAGAUUGCCUGAUGACGGCGGGGACGAGUACAGCAACACGAAUAAUCUGUUCACUAAAAACAUCUUUGUCUCGGAGAAAGCAAACUUAAAGGACAACAAAUUUGCCGGGAAGGUUUAUCGAGAUGUUGCUGAAAUCCUAAGUGAUUCACCAUUUUCGGUGAAAGCAAAUAAAUCAUUUUUCGUCUGUGGUGAUGAACAAAAUCCCAACGAAAUCCGGAAGAUAUUCGAAGGCGAGGUGAUACAUAUAGACCCUCACAUAGAUAGAGCCAAUAUGAACAUUUUGCGUGGGCACGUGGAUGGUAAACGCGUGUCCAUGCAACUAUCAAACACAUCUAUCAGUGUCACUGCCUUGCCUGAGUUGAAUUCGGAGGCCACUGCGAGACCUGCUGCUCAUAUGUCGCACGUAGAUUUUGGACUACCAAAAGAAAUGGUAUAUGAGGACCAAGACAUACAGGAAACAUAUCAAAUAGAAGUGGGUUUCAAUGUGAUACCGCUGCAGGAACGACCCAUGCUUUCGGUCUGUUGCUCGAAACGACAACGUAGCGUAGAGGAACUUGACAAUGGCAUGCUUAAGAUACAGAACAUCUGGUGCUUUAACUUUAACGAGCAGUCUAUUAAAACUGUCACGGUACAGGUCCUCAAUACAGAUGUGGAAUCAUCCUUCAAACCUGCAUUUGGAAAAGAAGUGGACAGAGAUGAAAAUGAUUUCAGUUUUUACAAUCUGUACGGGAAACAAUGCACAGUGGAGUACCUUGAACCUACGGCAAAACGAAUACCGGAAAUCAAGCCACGUGCUACUCCAUGGACAACUGACAAACCGCCACCACUGCCAACCCGGAACCAGGCUCCAAAUAUUCCAAUUAGGCCAUCUUCAAGGAGAAGCGAUACAUUGAAUAGCCUUCCCGAAGCACCACCACCACCUACACAAAAAAGGCAUCCAAUUCUCCCUACGCAACAUGAGGAACCUCUGCCGUUGGUUGACGAUAAAACCAAGCAGGCCUCGUCACCAACCUUUAUAAAGAGCCAGUUUCCAGAGGAAGAUAUACCGACGAAAACGUUACCACAAGAGCACGAAUCCGUUCAUUCCUUAUCAAACAUUUCGUUAUCUGAUCAGGGCGGUCCUAACUCUACUGACGAACAAAAGAUGUCUCCAUCAUCUGAAGUUUCAACAGCAGACAAGUCGUCUCACAACACAACGUCUGGUGUACCCGAUGACCUAGAAAUAUACACAAAAGAUAUAAAAGAUAUGACAAUUUCGGAACUUGCCAAUUUGUUCCGGAGUAACAGACUCGAUCACAUGGCCAACGUCUGCGAGGAGGAAGUGAUUGACGGUGUUUUACUGUUAAUUUUAAAUGACCAGGACUUCCAAAAGGAACCAUUUAACCUCACGGAUUACCACCUGAAAAAGCUUAAAAAGCUCAUAGAGGGGCACAGACCGAGAUAGUGAUACUAGUGUACAUGCACAGCAAUAAAUACAUGCAGUAUCGUUACCUUAUAAAAUGUAGCUCUAAUUUGAUAUUUCAGCAGACUUAAGGCAUUCCUAUGGGAAUAAAGUGCGCCAUUCUUCCGGCAGACUCUGUCUUAUUUUCCCGAGGAUGAUUUUAUUAAAGAGCUUAUUAGGACUUGUAAAACAAAUCUUGCGAAAUGCUUUGAUUUUUGCAGUCAGAUAUAUCGGCGAUGUCCACACGCUGCACGUACUUUACAGAUCACGUAGGUCGUAUAAUACCCUCAUAUAGAUUAUUCUGUUUCAGCCGUUUUCUUCAAUCUUUGCUUACAUGGCAAACAUGGACGGCGUACUACAAAGUUGUUCGAUAAGCAGGACGAUUUCGAUUUUCUUGUAGUGACAUUUCCCUUUCUUGACAGCAAACAUUUCAGUUUGCUCCAAUUAUCAUGACUUCCAAGACAUGUAUCGACUUCAGAUACACAAACUUACAAUGUACAACAAAAGGCUGGUGAAGGCUAUAACCACGUUUUAUGGCUGUCAUCAUAAUCUCUUCGGCAAACUUAGUAUUUCUUUGUGUGCUCUGUUUUUAUGCACAUUAGCUUCCCUUGUUGUUUCUUCCCUAAAACUCGAUAUGAGGACUUGGUAUUAUUUUGAGUUGAAGUACAUUACCAUGUUUUGCCCUAGUUUUAUCGAUUUGGUGGUUGCAUUACUGAAUUCUCUUGUUUUAUUGGCGGAGCACUUCCCGUCUUUUCUUUGCAUAUGCUUGUUCGGAACGUUUUGGCAGACAAACUUAAAUCACGCAAAAUCAUGAAACUGACUUUUAGGAAUCAUACUUCUACAGCGCACAAAUAUACUCUCUUAUGGUGAUUAAAUAUAAGAUGUCUUUUUCAUUUUUGAAUAAAG